AAUGUAAAAUUAAAUAUAAGUUAGAUAGACCAAUUUUUAUAGUUAGAUUUCAAGAAGAUUCGCAACAAUAUAUUCUGGAAUCUAAAGAAUCCCCAAGUGACGCAGUUAAUAAAUAUUUAUGGGUCCAAAAAGAACGUGAAAGAAAAUAUCGAUCUUCUUCUUUUAGACUAUUUAAUACAUUAAGCGAAUCCAUGAGAACAAAAUGUUCUUGUGCAUUCUCUGUACAAUUAGAUAAAGCCUUUAAAAAUGAG